UCUUCUUCCUCGAGCUGUAGAUCGUCCAUGGCGACGGGGCGGGUAGGGGGAUCGGCGGGGGUGAUUAGGGCGCCGGAGAUGGAGAGGAUGGGCGUGGAGCAGCUGCGGUCGCUGAAGGAGCAAACCGACCUCGAGGUCAACCUCCUCCAGGACGGCCUCGCCAAGAUCCGCACCGCCGCCUCCCGCCUCGAGUCCGCCGCCGCCGCCCUCCACGACCUCUCCCUCCGCCCCCAUGGGAAGAAGCUCCUGGUGCCGCUAACGGCCUCGCUCUACGUCCCCGGAACCCUAGAUGACGCCGAUAAGGUCCUCGUCGACGUCGGCACCGGAUACUUCAUCGAGAAAACCAUGGCCGAAGGCAAAGACUAUUGUGAGCGGAAAAUCAAUUUAUUGAAGUCUAAUUUUGAUGAGCUCGUUGAGAUGGCUUCGAAAAAGAAAAGCAUAGCAGAUGAAGCUGGACUGGUAUUACAAGCAAAACUCAGGCAAGCCUCCGCAAGUUCAUGAGAGCAAAAAGUCCUUUUCUCGGCUUAUUCUCAACUCUAAAUAUGCCAAAUGCUUACGCAUUUGCAUUGUACUACUUGGCCAAUUAGGAUGUCGAUUUGCUUGCGUCUUUCGAUGUGAUGAAUGUAGUGAGUGAUGGUUCCAUUGGCAGUUUAAAGCCUGAUCAUUAAUUUUAGUUAUGCUCAAUAUGGUUUUUCUUUGAAAUUUGAAGCAUAGUAGUCUGUUGCAUUGAGUGUCAUGUUUUUAUUGUUUUUGCUUGAAGAUGUUCAUCAUUUUAUACAAGUGCGGGUGAUUACUCAUUCUGCGGUUGUUGAAAUCAA